CAGGUUUGAAGCCCAAUCCGUUUAUAAAUUUAACCAUAGACCGCCCAUUUAUAGUUCCGCUUACCCGAACACGGCACGCCCAAUUCGCAGAUCGCUUCGAUUUGGGCGACACUUUCUCCGGCUACAUCCUCCGACCCGUCAUUUUGUCAACAGGGUAGCCUCUCCUUCACAUAUACCCCUGUCAGCCAGCUAUGGCUGCCAUUGACCCCUCACCAUCUUUGGAGAUCUUAGUUCGGGGACCAGAAGGGUUCUCACUCUGGAAUGGGCCCCCAUUCAGCAAUGGUCAACCUGGUAUAAAGAUUGAAAAGGUUCCUUGCUCAAAUUCAAAGUUCAGUGAAGACGGAUCCAGACUCAUGGUGAUGAAAUCUGACAAUGUGAUUAGCAUAUAUGAUUGCAGCAGCUCCAAAGAAAUCAGAUCUUUUCAACUCCCCAAUCUAGCUGCAGCUUCCUUGUCCCCAUGUGGUAAUUUUCUUCAAACCUUUCAAAAAGCUUCAACACCACAGGAAAAAAAUGUGAUCUUAUGGAAGACGGAGACUGGUGAUGCUGUCUAUCAUCAAUUCCAAAAGAACAUGACAAAAGUCACAUGGCCCUCAAUUCAGUUUAGCUUUGAUGAAGCUGUUGCAUGUCGGCUAGCAACUAAUGAGAUCCAAUUUUUUGAUGCUGGGGAUUUCUCCAAAGGAGUUGUCCAUCGGAUAAGAGUUCCUGGAGUGGCUGCAAUUGAGCUUUCUAAAGCCCCUGGGUCCCACGUGGCAGCAUUUGUUCCAGAAUCUAAGGGGGUUCCUGCCAGUGUCCAGAUAUUUGCUUGUGGAAAAGAUUCACAGAGUCAACCUAUUGCUCGUCGGAGUUUUUUCCGAUGUUCAACAGUGCAAUUGAAUUGGAAUCAUGGCUCUACUGGGCUUCUGGUUGUGGUGCAGUCUGAUGUUGAUAAAACCAACCAAAGUUACUAUGGAGAAUCAAAAUUAAUCUACUUGACAACAGACGGGACCUAUGAAGGAGUCGUGUCUCUUCGUAAAGAGGGGCCUGUUCAUGAGGUUCAGUGGUCAUAUUCUGGUUCAGAAUUUGCAGUUGUUUAUGGAUUUAUGCCCGCUAGAGCAACUGUGUUCGACAAGAAGUGUAAUCCUCUACUUGAGCUUGGAACAGGCCCAUACAAUACUAUCCGGUGGAACCCAAAAGGGAAAUUUCUAUGUUUGGCAGGUUUCGGUAACUUGCCUGGUGAUAUGGCAUUUUGGGACUAUGUAGAGAAGAAGCAGCUUGGAACAACUAAGGCUGAAUGGUCUGUGACAAGUGAAUGGUCCUCAGAUGGACGCUAUUUCAUGACUGCAACAACAGCUCCAAGACUACAAGUUGACAAUGGGAUUAAAAUUUUCCACUACAACGGAUCCUUAUACUUCAAGAAGAUGUUUGACAAGUUGUACCAGGCUGAUUGGAAACCAGUCUCACCUGAUAGGUAUGGUGAAAUUGUUGAACUCAUCAAGUCUAUUGACUCCUUAAAGGUCGAAGAAACCAAACCACAAGGACAAGGGUCAAAAGCUUCCCAGGCUUCCACAAAAACCACCUCCAACAACCCUCCUGCACAAAAACCUGCAGCAUAUCGCCCACCGCAUGCUAAGAAUGCGGCUGCUGUUCAGGCAGAGCUGUUUGGGGAGAGUCCUAAAGAAGCAAUGGGAAAGAAUGCAUCGCGAAACAAGAAAAAAAGGGAGAAACAGAAAGAGAAAAAGGCUGCUGACACUGCCGAUGCUUCCAGUGGUACAUGAUUGAAUGCAGGAAUUUUGUCCCAAAAAAUGGAUCCUAAAUCCGGCAUAGACAUUCAAUGGGACUUGGAGGCUUCUGGUGUGAAUCUCACUGCAGGUGAUCCUUCUUGAUCAGGUUUCAGCGUGCAUUGGUUCUUGAGCAGGGUUUUGGGUUGGAUUCUCAAACAAUUUUUAGGUGGUCAAAAUAAAAGCAUUCGACUAUAAGCAUUUAACAUGGGGAUGCUGUUUCAAAAGAUGUGUAACAUUAUGUACCAAGGUUGGUACGUAAUGAAUUAAAAUUGGAGCUGCAUUGAUAAACGAUGGUUUUUCAUCCAUCCUUGUGGUGUAAUUUGGUUCCUGCUACUAUAUUACUGUGGUUGUCUAUGAAUAUCCGAGGGACUUAGAAAUC